CAACAGUAUCGGUGGGCGUAACCUUUUAUGAGAAGGAAGCGUCACCGAACAAUAAAAAAAGUUUUGAGAGGAUGGCAGACAAUGUUUUGGAUGGAGGACCAUGGACAGGAUGUGCUGUUCUGUUUCUGCAGUCUCUCUGUCCCGAUGUAAACCUGCUCACGCUCUACAAAGACCAACAGGGAAAGUUCAUCUUCUUUAAAGUCAUCAAACUGAUGCUCAUAGAUUCUGCUGGUGGUCUGGCUGGUUAUGAGAUAAUAAAGGUUCAUGAUGCUGAUCCCUUCCUUGGAGUGGAGGUGAAGUUUAUGGAUUUAUCAGCGUGUCAGCACUUCCUGGAGUGCUACAGCUCAGGAGCAAUGCGGCAGUCCAUCUCCCAGCAUGCCUGUCGACUUCUAGCGCUGGCACAAGAGUUCACUGUGGAGACCCAGCUCAAGGCCGGUACACAGGUCUUGGAUCGAUGUUUGGAUAAGCUGGAACUUUGCCUACAGCACAUCCACCUGUCACAGCCAGAGCGCCUGCGUGACGAAGAGAUCGAUCAGCUUGAGCAACAGCUAGAGCGCGAGGUUCACUGGCCUGCUUCCCAGCAGAACUCUCUUAUUCAGGAAGUACCUAGCAACUGCUUCAAGUUUCAGAAUAAAGUUUUUGAGGAUCGAAUGCUGAUGACAGAAGAUGUUCAGAGCUUCGCUAAUGGAGUUGGCCGUCAUUGGAAGCAUGUGGGGAGGACCCUGGGAAGAGAGUGUCGGGCUUUACAGGAUACUGCCAUUGACAACCUGGCCUACGAGUAUGCCAGAGAGGGCCUGUACGAACAGGCCUAUCAGCUGCUCAGGUGCUUCAUGCAGGCAGAGGGCAGGGCGGCCAAGCUGAGCCGGCUGGUCAAAGCACUGGAGGAUUGCAAACUCACCGGCCUGGCUGAAACUAUUCUGGGCGUACAACUACGAGACUAACGCUGGGCACUUUUGUACGAUCACAGAGGUGGAGUCAUGGUGAAAGAGGGGCACUGAGGCAGACGUAGCUGCUGAGGUGUGCUAUCAACGAGGUUUUAUCGCCGCCCAAAUUCACUGAUGGAUGAAGUCGCUGCAGCUCGUCCGGUUUCAUUCAGGUUCAUUGUAAAAGCCCAACCUCUCGCCCCUACUUUUUUAUGCCACUUGACUUUCCAUCCAGAUGUGACAUGUGGAUUAGAAGCUUUUAACACACACAUACAUGCUUAUUUCUCCAGAAAUAGCUGUACAAGUUAUAUAUAUUCAUAUCUGUAACCACAGCUUCUGCUAAGGUCAUUAUUUCCGGAUAUUUAUGAAUGUUUACAUUCAUACUUAAGCAGUUACACACUUUUAGUGACACAAAUCCAGGCAAGGGUUUUUAGGUUUUAUCUUUCAGCACACAACAGAUUAUUAAAGUAUGUUGUAAUAAUCAUCUGGCAGUGAUGUGACAUAAUGACUACCUGAAUGGUUUACAAUAUGUUUAUGAAGUCAAAGUAGGUCACUUCUCUAAAUAAAACCCUCUUAUUUAACUGUAAGAGAAGUAAUGAACAAUAUGUUUAAUAUUGUGUUUGUAGUUUACAGUGAUGUACAACCACACUCCGUCAGGCUCAGAGCUUCAAGUCUUGUACUCUAUCACCUUUUCCUUUAUUUCCCACCACACAGUAACUUUUAUUCUGAGUAAAGCCAGUCAGGAUCUGCAUGCUGUGACCACUAUUUGCUUCUCGCAGUGCAACACAUCUCCUUUGCAUAUAUGAUCAGGUCGUUGAUUGUGGCCUGCGGAAUGUUAGUCCACUCCUCUUCAAUGACUGUGCAAAGUUGCCGGAUCCACA